AGUUUUUAGGUUGACACAUUUAACCCUCCCAUUCAUCAUAAUAACGCUCAAAUAUCCCCAUCCAGUAGCCAGGAGUGCCAAAAUUAAGAAAAAGAACGGAACCUGGACAAAUCUGAUCUGACUGAAGAAGUCGCUGAUGUUGCAGAACAACAUGACUGAAGAGGAAACUAUGGACCCUGACUACUAUGAUACAGACUACGGAGACCAAUUGUGUCGCAAAGACGAAGUGGUGAAAGUUGGAUCCAUUAUUAUUCCAGUCAUUUUCUCAUUAGUGGUCGUGUUAAGCUGCAUUGGUAACAUCCUUGUUCUGGUCAUUCUGGCACUUUAUGAGAGUCUCAAGUCUCUGACCAACGUGUUCAUCCUCAAUUUGGCUCUGUCAGAUCUGCUGUUCACUUUUGGACUUCCAUUCUGGACCUCGUACUUCGUCUGGGGUUGGACGUUUGGAGAGAUUGGCUGUAAAGCGGUGAAGUUUCUGUUCUAUGUUGGCUUUUACAGCAGCGUGUUGUUCUUAACUCUCAUGACCAUUCAGCGUUACAUGGCAGUGGUUCAUCCUCUGUCUGACUGGGAGAAAUGCAGAGGCUUUUCAGUCGCUCCCUUCAUCGUUUGGAUCCUGAGCGGAGGGCUUUCACUGCUCGGAUCAUUUAAUAGCACGGUUAUACCACAUUUAAAUAGUACAUACUGUGAAUAUGGCAGUGUUGGAAUUAAAUCUGGCAUUGCUUAUUUUCAAAAUGCUUUUUUCUUCUUUGCAUUUCUAAUCAUGGGUUUUUGCUAUGGCAGAAUGCUUCGGACAAUAGCAAAAUCUCGGACCAAUAAGAAACACAAGACUGUUAGACUAAUAUUCUGCAUUGCACUGGUGUUCUUUAUUGGUUGGGCCCCGUAUAACAUUGUUAUGUUCUUAAAAUCAUUGACAGAUCAGAAUAUCCAUCCAUUCACAGACUGUACAGUAAGCAUUAGACUCGACUAUGCAUAUUAUGCUUGCAGAAUGUUAGCUUUUACACACUGUUGCUUGAACCCUGUGCUUUACGUUUUUAUUGGCGUAAAGUUCAGGAAUCAUCUAAAAUUGAUCCUGCAGAAGAUCUUUAAAAAAAAAAAAAAACUCGAUUUCAGUCAAGCCAGAUUGGCAAAAAACAUAUCGCAGGGUUCAAUGUACUAAGAGAAAACUCAAGUACUUUUAGCGAAUGCUAUCAACCAACAAUGAGUUCUAAAAUGCUGUGAAUGUGUGAAUGAUGUACAUGCACUCUUAAAAAUAAAGUUUCCAACAUGAGAUGCCAUUGCACAGAUGCCAUAGAAGAACCACUUUCAGUUCCCCAACUUGCCCAAAAUACCUUUCAGCGAUCAGACUUACAAGAACCUAUUUUUUAUUAUUCUGAAGAAUAUUUUAGGAACAUAAAGAACCUUUUUUCUAUUAUAAAGAACAUUUCAAUGGAAAGGUUUCAUUGAUGUUAAAGGUUCUUCAUGGAACUGAUAAAAAAACUAAUUUUUUUUAAGAGUGUAUAGAUUCAUUGCACAGCUUCUGCCAAUAUCAUUACAGCUGUUUAAUAUGCACGAUUAAAUUUCAAAAAAUGAAUUACAUGUUGCUACUUGGCAGGAAAAUUCCUCUCUCUAUCAAGCAGCAAAAGCAUUAAGUUUUGAGAAAAUCAUGUUUUAAAUUCUCUGUUCUUCUUCAUUCAAGGUCUUAUAAAAAAUAACUGGAAGUAUGUACUUGAAGAACCAAUGACAAAUGUUCAAUUUUCCUUCGCUAUUAAAGCAGAGAUCAUUUUCAUAUGAAAUUAACUUAUAUCUAUAUAUACCUUUUACAUAAUUUCUUUAAUAUUUUUUUACUGCUUGUAUGGUAUAAAUUAAAUGAAUAAUGUACAGUAAAAGUACAAAGUGAGCAUAAAGCAUGAGUCCACUUUCUUAAGUAUCUGCCCCUCACUCUUAUAAAUAAAGGUCCUUUAUUGGCAUCUAUAGUGACAUGAACCUUUCCAUUACACAUUCUUGAUAGUGAAAAAAGUUUUUUUUUUUGUUUUGUUCUUAACACCAUGUAAAAACAGUCCAAUAAAUGUUCACUGAAAGG